GAUCAGUCGCAGUCGAUGAUGUUUCAGAUCAGACUCACGUGAAGACGCGUUCCAGAGAGCACACGACCUGCUGCGCACGUGUCACGCACAUACACACACCUGGUAUCUGCCUUAAAAGGUGUGUGUGUGUGCGUGACAUCAUGUCUGACUUGUGGCCAUGUUCCUCUCUGCCUCCCAUCAUCCAUCCCUCCUCUCUAUCCCAGUCAUCUCCUUUCACCUCUUCAUCUCCUUCCCUCUCUUCGCCCUCGUCACCUGGAAACCAUGGAAACGCUCCUCAUACCGAGGUACCCUCCUAUCACCUCACAUCUCAGACCCAAAUAUCUUCACCUCACCUCCCUGAGGCCCAGGUAACUUCUCCUCAUCAUCUGCCUCCUCCCCAAGUGACCUCCCUUCACCUCUCCAGCCCUCACAUUGUACCUGAGACCCAGGUAACCUCCCCUCACCUCCACAAUCAGCCCCAGCCAAGCUCCCCUCACCUCUUUCCUCAGACCCAGGAAACCUCCCCUCACAUCCCUCAUCAUCAGGUAACCUCCCCUUACCUCCCUCAUCACCAGGUGACCUCCCCUUACCUCCCUAAUCACCAGGUGACCUCCCCUCACCUCUUUCCUCAGACCCAGGUAACCUCCCCUCACCUUCCUCAUCAUCAGGUGACCUCCCCUCACCUCCCUCAUCACCAGGUGACCUCCCCUCACCUCCCUCAUCACCAGGUGACCUCCCCUUACCUCCCUCAUCACCAGGUGACCUCCCCUCACCUCUUUCCUCAGACCCAGGUAACCUCCCCUCACCUUCCUCAUCAUCAGGUGACCUCCCCUCACCUCCCUCAUCACCAGGUGACCUCCCCUCACCUCCCUCAUCACCAGGUGACCUCCCCUCACAUCCCUCAUCAUCAGGUGACCUCCCCUCACCUCCUUCAUCACCAGGUGACCUCCCCUCACCACCCUCAUCAUCAGGUGACCUCCCCUCACCCCCCUCAUCAUCAGGUGACCUCCCCUCACCUCCUCUCCUUGCCCCACCUUUCCAGCCAAAAUCAUGAUCCAGGUUCAGAUCAUCCAAGCUGGAGCAGAGCUGAACCACCUUCUGAACCUUCCUACCUGCUGAGGAGCUGCAGUUACUCCCGCCAGAACCAGACCACAGCCCACCUGGACCUCCAGCUCCAGAACGAGAACCAGUUCAGUACUGGCGGUACUCACCACAGAGAUGAACUGGAGGACACACACAGACUGCCCUAUAACACCCACACACUCCUCACCGGUGAUGUGUACAAACAGGGCGACACACCUGGUCCAGUUCAGGACACCUGGAGACCUCCUGGGCCAACUCUGUCCCAGCUGCAGUGCUCCUCACUGGACUCCAUGUCUGAAGAAGUCACCCUGGGGAGACUGAGCUCCGUGGAGUUCGGCUCAUCACCUGCCGAAGACUUCUCCAGCACGCAGUUUUUCCAUGACAGUUGCCAUGACAAAAACGGCCCCCAGCCCUUCUGUAGCCCCAACACACCUGGUCUGAGUCCUCAUUACCCACAAACCCCGACUAUCUCCAGCCCAGUCCCUCAAAUGCACCCCAGGGAAGAGAGAGUGGAUUUUCACACACAAGCAUCCAGACAGCUGAGCCGAGACAAAACCCUCAGCUGCUGUCGACAGGAGUACGACACUUACCCCCUGACCUCUGACCCCGGUCAGCACCACCUGCGUCAGACAAACCCACACCUCCUCCGGAGCCAAAACGAGCUGAUCCAGGACCAGACGGGCCUCCUCGACGCCGCCGGGAACUCUGAGAGCAGUUUCUCUCCACAGGGAAGAGGAGAGGAUGGCAGCAGCACUGCCCAGCCUCCAGGCCCUCCUGCUGAGUGUGGAGGAGGAGGAGGAGGAGGAAGAGGAGGAGGAAACGAUCAAACGGACUGGACAUGGAUAAAACGGCCAAAACCUAAAAACAGCGCUGAGGUUGGAGACUGCAGGUUACUGUGUACAUUGUGUAAGCGUGACUUCAGUAGUCUGCCGGCGUUAAACGGACACAUGCGCUCCCACAGCGGCUCCAGAUCAGUUACAUGGUUGAACAAGGGUGAAGACUCCUCCCCACUGGUCCCAGCCUCUCCAGUCUCCAUGGCGAUGCCCGUCAACGUGCCCGUCCAAUCCAGAGGGAGCGCACAGGGGAGAUGCAGUCGCCUCGCUGCAGCCAGCAGACGCUCCGUGCUCUAUCGCAGCUUGCUGCACCUAAAGGACGAGGAUGAGGUCGUCAGCGGUGGAGGUGAUGAUGGGGUGGUUACCGGGGGUGAUGGUGUGCACUACACCCCUCCGCCCAUGCUGUGUCCCCUCAGGGCGGGGCCAGGGUUGUACUGCUCCCUGACCAGCAGGAGGCAGCAGAGGGUGCAGACUGUGCAGCUUCACAACACACACACAGAUGGACUCAAUGAUCUUGUUGCCAUGGAGACAGCCUCUCCUCCUCCUGGAACACUAACAACAGGAACCAAUAAGCCGCGCAUCAAUGUAGGGCGGGGCCUCCAGGCCGAAAUCCCACCUCUGCAGGGCCGGGGAAAUGCACACUUCGACUCCCACAAUGCACUGCUGCUGUGGACUCCACAGGAUGAGCUGGAGCAUCCUGUCAACAAACAGAGAGUUGAAGCUCUGUUGAUGAUGGCUAGCUCCAGCGUGGUGCCAGGAGGGGGGGCCAGCCCAGAGUCCGCCCUCCAUGUCCUAUCGGAGUGCAGAGGGGACUUCCUGCUGACAGUGGAGAAGCUGCUAUCAGCUCCUGAAACCUCCAACAACAACCAGACAGCUCAACAGCAUCCAAGUGUCAGCUGGAGCGCGGCAGAGAAGACGUCGCUGCUCAAAUCCCUGCAGCUUCAUCAUAAAGACUUCGGCAGGAUCCAGAAAGCCGUUCAGACUAAGUCCCUCUCUCAGUGUGUGGAGUUUUAUUACCUGUGGAAGAAGAAGCUGAGUCUGAGCGCGAGGACCCCGGCCAGACUGACCGUCACUGCGCGACACAAAUGUCAAAGGUCGUCAAAGAUGUCAUGAUGCUUCGUGAAGGACUGGACACACACACACACACACACACACACACACACACACACACACACACAAAUGCACGCACACACACACACAAACACACACACACACACGCACACACAUACACGCACACACACACACACACACACACACACACAUUUCCAAUUUGCUUUUCUGAUGUCAGAAGUCAUGUUGUUGUAUUGAUGAAAAUAUCUUUGGACGAACUGAAUAAUAAAAAAUAUCCAGUCAUGUUUCUCUGUCGUGUUUCUGUCGUGUUUCUUUCUCGUGAUUCUCCGUCGUGUUUCUCCGUUGUGUUUCUCCGUCGUGUUUCUCCGUCGUGUUUCUUUCUCGUGUUUCUCCGUCGUGUUUCUUUCUCGUGUUUCUCCUUCGCGCUUCUCUGUCGUGUUUCUUUCUCGUGAUUCUCUGUCGUGUUUCUCCGUCGUGUUUCUCUGUCGUGUUUCUCCGUCGUGUUUCUUUCUCGUGUUUUCUCCGUCGUGUUUCUCCGUCGUGUUUCUUUCUCGUGAUUCUUUGUCGUGUUUCUCCGUCGUGUUUCUUUCUCGUGUUUUCUCCGUCGUGUUUCUCUGUCGUGUUUCUCCGUCGUGUUUCUUUCUCGUGAUUCUUUGUCGUGUUUCUCCGUCGUGUUUCUUUCUCGUGUUUUCUCCGUCGUGUUUCUCCGUCGUGUUUCUUUCUCGUGUUUUCUCCGUCGUGUUUCUCUGUCGUGUUUCUCCGUCGUGUUUCUUUCUCGUGAUUCUUUGUCGUGUUUCUCCGUCGUGUUUCUCCGUCGUGUUUCUCCGUCGUGUUUCUUUCUCGUGAUUCUUUGUCGUGUUUCUUUCUCGUGUUUUCUCCGUCGUGUUUCUCCGUCGUGUUUCUUUCUCGUGUUUCUCCUUCGCGCUUCUCUGUCGUGUUUCUUUCUCGUGAUUCUCUGUCGUGUUUCUCCGUCGUGUUUCUCUGUCGUGUUUCUCCGUCGUGUUUCUUUCUCGUGUUUUCUCCGUCGUGUUUCUCCGUCGUGUUUC